AUGGGGGUGCCGACUUUCUAUCGGUGGCUUUGCUGCAGAUACCCGAAAGUUGUAGUCGAUGUAAUAAACCCGCAGCACCUGCAUGCACCUCAAGACGACGAGCAGCAGCAGCAGCAGCAGCAGCAGCAGCAGCAAGAUGGGUCUUCAGGAGAUCAGCAGCAGCAAGAUGGGUCUUCAGGAGAUCAGCAGCAGCAGACAGAAUAUGAUUGUCUUUAUCUUGAUAUGAACGGAAUCAUUCACCCGUGCUGCCACUCAGACGAUGGUGUCUGCCCUGCAACCGAAGAUGACAUGUUUCUGCGUAUAUUUUCGUACAUUGAUUUUGUUGUUAAUAUCAUCAAACCCAAACUACUCCUUUACUUGGCUAUAGAUGGUGUGGCUCCUCGUGCGAAGAUGAAUCAGCAGCGCAUUCGCCGAUUUAAAGCAGCAAAAGACAUAGAAGAGGAGACAGCAGCUUAUGAAGACAUAAAGAGACAGUUUAUAAAAGAAGGCAGAGCUGUCCCUGCCCCCAAAGUGCGCUGGGAUUCAAACGUUAUCACCCCAGGCACACCCUUCAUGGAUAGACUCGCUAAAGCUCUAAGGUUUUAUAUAAUGGAGAGAGUAAACAACAACAAGCUGUUUAAAAACAUACAAAUUUAUCUCUCAGACGCAAACGUACCGGGCGAAGGAGAACAUAAGAUUGUUGAGUUCAUCAGAGAGCAAAGAAAGAGCAAAAA